AUGGAUACGCUCUUCACGGACCUCGAUGGUCCCUCAUCGCAGCAAGCAUUCCUGGGAGAGACGAUAAAGCCUGCUUUGAUAGGCAAAUGGACGCAGCAUCUAAGGCCUGGAGUCGAAAAAGUGCCAUGGUCUCAAUUGGAAAUUGACGAACUAAUACUGGGUUAUUCCAUUAACGGACCAGACUGGAUUAAGAUUAUCGAAAAGUUGCCCGGGAGGUCCAGCUUACAAGCUAGGAAUAUGCUUUCCAGCAUAAAAAAAAGCAAUAAACGCAUCAAGGAUCGGAUGUCCGUCAAGCGAUUAUUGAAUGCAACCUAG